AUCUUUAUUGCCUGUUGUAGCGUGGACGCCGGCCAGAGUCACAUUUUUAUUCCUUAUUACACAUUAAUUUAAUAGUUAUCGUAGUCAAGUGUCAACACUAUUAAACGAUAUUUUGAACAGGAUGGCGGACCUAGUUGAAGUAGUGGCGAAAAAAGCUAAGAUUGAUGAACCAGUAAAAGAAGACGAUUGGAAGAAUUCCGUUGCAGAUGCAUAUUUUGCCGAAUUCAGACCUGAUCGCGAAAGCCGGUGUACAUGGAAUAAAAAUUCAACUGUGAAAGAAUCACCUCACUCGCACUUUGAUAAUACGAACAAAAAAGGUGAAAUCUUACCAAAUAUACUGCAUGCUAUUGGACACACACCUUUAGUCAGGUUAAAUAAAAUACCAUUAUCAGAGGGCAUUGAAUGCGAGAUUUUAGCCAAAUGUGAAUUUUUAAAUCCGGGUGGUAGUACUAAAGACAGAAUCGGGUGGAAAAUGGUUGAAGACGCUGAAAAAGAGGGCUUGUUAAAACCUGGAAUAACAAUAAUUGAACCUUCAUCGGGAAACACUGGCAUUGGUUUGGCCAUGGCAGCUGCAGUUAAAGGAUAUAAAUGUGUAGUAGUGAUGCCAAUGAAAAUGUCUCGUGAAAAAGUAGAUGCAUUACGAUUGUUGGGUGCAAAAAUUAUACGUACACCUACAACAGCAGCAUUUGAUGAUUUGACUGGUUUAAUACGUGUAGCUCAUAAAUUACAUAUGGAGGAUCCUGCAAAUACAAUAAUCCUCGAUCAGUAUCGUAAUAAAAAUAAUCCAUUGGCACAUUUUGAUGCAACUGGACAAGAACUAUUAGAACAAACUAACUAUAAAAUUGAUGCUGUGGUUGCUGGUACUGGUACAGGUGGUACUAUUACGGGUAUUGGUAGGAAAUUGAAGCAAGAACUCGGAGACAGUUGUCGCAUAAUAGCAGCUGAUCCAUAUGGUAGUAUUUUGGCAUUGCCUGAAAAUCUUAAUAAAACAGAUAUAGAGAUAUAUGAUGUUGAAGGUAUUGGUUAUGAUUUUGUACCAACAGUAUUAGAUAGAUCUGUUGUUGAUGUAUGGUUCAAGACUGAUGACAAACAAGCAUUUCCCAUGGCCAGAAGGUUGGCACGUGAAGAAGGCUUAUUGUGUGGCGGAAGUAGUGGUUCAGCAAUGUACGUUGCUCUACAGGUAGCCAAGACUAUGAAAAAAGGUCAAAGAUUAGUAGUUAUAUUGCCUGAUGGUAUACGCAACUAUAUGUCUAAGUUUGUUCAAGAUGAAUGGAUGCAAGAAAAGGGACAUGCAUUGAUUGAUGAUGAACAACAAACAGAAUUAAAAAAUUAAGAUGAAGGUAUUUUCUUUAAAUAAUAAUUUUUAUUGUAUACUAAUAUAAAUAUCAAAU